AUGCACGGUGUUUCGCAAAAGGUGAUUAAAGAGUUUCGCGAUGAUGAAUUACAUCACCUGGAUAUCGCGAUAGAUCAUGAAGCUCAAAAGUCGCCACUUUAUGGUCCGUUGUCGGCAAUAAUGCAUAACGGAUGUAAGGCGGCUAUCUGGAUAUCAACCAGAAUCUGA